AAAGACACGAGGUUUAAUGAAACUUGUUCAAUUUUUUUUUUUUAUUAUUGAAUAAAAUGCCACGUACAAUUCUUAUAGCUUAUGAUCAUUCUGAAGCCUCAUAUAAAGCGGUCAAUUGGAUACUUGAUCAUCAAAUCCUUCUUCCAGAAGAUAAGAUUUAUAUCACUACAGUAUUGAAUGAUGAUGUAUUAGCAUUUGAAGGAUUUGGAUUAGAAGCUGCGGCUAUUGGUCCUACAGCUUGGAUUAAUGAUGAUUGUGGUGAAAGAGUCACAAAGUUAAAAGAAGAUGCAACUCGAUUAUUGGAAACAAUCAUGCAAGUCUUUAAGAGACACGGCCUUACAGCGACACCACAUAUAUUGAAAGGUGAUGCUACGGAUGCAUUGGUAGAAGAAGCAGAGAAACUAAAAACUGAUAUGGUGAUCGUUGGUUGCAAUGGACGAGGGUUCUUUAAGAGGCAACUACUGGGUUCUGUAUCUGAAGGUCUUACUCGAAAUUUGAAAUGUACUAUCAUGGUAGUCAAACCUUGACCUUGUUAUAAAUAAAAAAAACAAUCAUCUUUUUUUAUAAAUCAUA